GUUUGUGACUCCCGUUUGCAUUUUUACAGUGAUUUUAAAAUGCAAGUCUACGAUGGAGAUAUUGUUAUAUCUGGAGUUGGAGGUUACUUUCCAAAGGCUGAAAACAUUGGAGAGUUUAGGGACAGACUUUUGAACAACGAGAACUUACUGGAGACCAGAUGGCGUUACGGCGAAAGAGGGUGCACCAACUUGAUAGGAAAAAUAAAGACCGAAUACUUCGACAACGCGUUCUUCGGCAUCCAUAGACAGCAGUGCACGUUUAUGGACCCCAUGCAGCGUUUGAUUCUCGAAAGAACCUUCGAGGCCAUCAUAGAUGCCGGCGUCAACCCAGCUGAAGUGAGAGGACGCAAAGUGGGCUGCUUCAUGGGCUCAGCUAUCGGAGAGAACGACAAUCUCUUUCUGGAGUCGGUGGUGAGCGGUUUUGGGGUCACAGGGCACUCCAGGGCCAUGAUGCCCAACAGAGUCUCCUAUUGGCUGAACUUGAAGGGACCCAGCAUCGCUUACGAUAGCAACUGGGUGGGCGGGUUCGAGGUCAUCCGGUUAGCCGUGGAUGCCAUCAAAACCGGGCAGUGCGAGUCGGUUGUCGUCGGUACAGCCAACCUGGCCUUGAACUCAGAGUACCAAUGGCUGUACAACGAUAUGGGGGUACUGUCGCCCGAUGGCAGCACUAGAGCCUUCGAUGCCAACGGGAGUGGUUAUGCUAGAAGUGAUGGUAUCGUUGUCUUCUUCAUCCAGAAGGCCACAGACGCUAAGAGAUCCUACUGCAGCAUUUUGAACGUCGACACCAUUUUUAAUGGAAAUCGCGAGGGUAAUUUGACCGAUAUCGACGUUGACUCCAUGGCCGACUUUAUGAAGGAGUUCUACAAAGAUUUGGAGGUCAAACCCAGUGAAGUUGAAUAUGUGGAAGCCUAUGGUACCGGACUAAAGGAUUUCGACAAAAAAGAAAUAGACGCACUUGAAAAAGUCUACUGUGAAGACCGUGAAGGCCCCCUUUUGGUAGGUUCGGUAAAAUCCAACACAGGUCACAGCGAAUCGACCGCUGGCCUUUUUGGUAUCGUCAAAGUCAUCAUAGCUAUGGAAACCGGUAUAAUCCCGGCCAACAUCCAGUACGAAACGCCAAAUCCAGACAUAUCUGGAUUGAUCAACGGCACUGUGAAGGUCGUAACCGAAAACCAAAAGUGGAAAGGCCUUUAUGCGGCCGUCAACGGUAUUGGUUUGGAUUCUUACUAUGGCCACAUCCUAUUAAAAUCCAACAGAAAAAUUAAGGCUAUAUUACCUGAUUCACUGCCUAGACUUAUUGUAGCCUCUACGAGAACUGAAGAUGGAAUUAAGGCCAUUUUGGAAACAGUCAAAAACAAACCAAGUGACCCUGAGUACUACAGCUUGAUUCAAAACUUAUACUCCAACCCCAUUUCUGGACAUUUAUACCGUGGUUACGCUCUUCUAGGUGGUGAAGACGUCAAACAAGAAUCAGAAUACCACAUGGGUAACAAACGUCAAGUAUGGUUCGUGUACUCAGGUAUGGGUAGCCAGUGGUGUGGUAUGGCUAGCGAUCUAAUGCAACUGCCAGUUUUCGCCAAUGCCAUUCACAAAUGCCAUAAAAUAUUGGAGCCUAAGGGUGUGGAUCUACUAAACAUUAUAACAACUAAAGAUACCACCAUCUUCGACAGCAUUCUGCAUUCUUUCGUCGGUAUAGCUGCCAUCCAGAUUGGUCUCACUGAUGUCUUACACUCGAUCGGCAUCCAACCCGACGGCAUCAUAGGUCACUCCGUCGGCGAACUUGGAUGCGCCUACGCCGAUGGUUGCAUGACGGCCGAGCAAAUGAUCCUCUCGGCUUACUCCAGAGGUAGAGCCUCGCUCGAAGCCGAACUGAUCAAGGGUAUGAUGGCGGCCAUAGGUAUGGGUUAUCAGCAAAUAAAGGACAAAGUGCCGCCCACCGUUGAGGUGGCUUGCCACAACGGCCCUGACAGUUCCACCAUCUCCGGGCCCACCGAAGACAUGGAGAAGUUCGUCAAAGAGUUGCAGGACCAAGGCGUGUUCGCUAGGUUGGUCAAUGUGGCCAACAUCGCCUACCACAGCAGGUACAUCAAGCCGGCUGCGCCAGGUUUGUUGAAGUACUUGAACGAAGUGCUGCCAGAACCGAUGGAGAGAUCGUCCAAGUGGAUCAGUACCUCCAAUUUGGAGGAGAACUGGAACACCGACUUGGCCAAACACUCAUCCGCCGAGUAUCACACCAACAACCUGCUAAGCUCUGUUUUGUUCGAGGAGGGUUUGAAACACAUCCCCAAGGAUUCCGUUUUGAUCGAAAUAGCACCGCAUGGUUUACUGCAAGCCAUCCUGAAGAGAUCUCUGAAAACUGGUUGCACCAACGUGCCGCUGACGCAAAGAGGCUGCAAGAGUGCGCUGGAUUUCCUCCUAUGCAGCAUGGGAAAGUUGUAUCUGGCCGGUUUGGACUUCCAAAUCUCCGAGCUUUACCCCAAAAUAGAGUUCCCAGUCAGCAAAGGUACCGCCAAUUUGGCAGAGUUGGUGCACUGGAAUCACAGCGAAGCUUGGAGAACCGGUCUCGAAGACAAACUUCAGAAUCUGUUUGGUGUCAGAGAUAUCCAGGUGACGUUGAACAGCGAAGAGUUCAGAGAUUGCGUCGGGCAUCAGCUUGACGACAAGAUUAUACUACCAUGUGGUUUCUACCUUAACAUCAUCUAUAACAUCAUUGCAAGUAUCAGUACCGGGCAGAAGGAAAUGGUGUUUGAGAAUCUACACUUCAAGAAAGUACUUGCGAUUCCCAAGAUUGGUUCCGUUCCACUACACGCCAUGAUCCAGAAGGGUAGUGGCGACUUCGAGAUUCUAUCGCAAAACGAUAUUCUCGUCACAGGUAGAAUGACGUUCCCCCAAGCCACAGAUAAGUUUCUAGCGGAAGCAACGGACAUAGAAAUCUUGGAGGAUAACAUACAACUAAGUGGAAGUGACGUGUACAACGAGUUCCACCAUAGAGGUCAAAAAUAUUCCGCUCUAUUCAAAACAAUUAAGAGCCUUACGCUGAGCGAAGAAGGGUCUGUGAGCGUUAUACAAUGGAACUCCAAAUGGGCUCUAUUCCUGGAAGCCAUGAUUCAACAACAACUGCUACAGGCAGGCGAGAGGAACCAAGAUAUUCACGUGCCAAAAUCCAUACAGAAGAUCGCCAUAUCGCAAACCUUAUUGCCAGCUGAUAAGAGCGACGUCAAGGUCACUUACAACUACUCUACAGGACUUAUAUCAGCUGAAGGUAUACAAAUUAUUGGCAUGAGGACCAUACCUUACCCCAAGGAGAGUAAAGCUGUGUUCUAUGACUCCUAUGAGUACAUUAACUUGUCCAAUGGAAACUAUUCUGCAAUUGAGAAUGGUAUUAAUACAGCCUUACAACUGACUUUGGACAACUUUGAGGAUCAAUAUAUCACCAAUGUAAUGAUUACGGAGGUUGAGUCCAGCAAUCCUUCUUUGGUGGAGAAUGUUAAAAACAUCUUGAAUCAAUACACCAAGCUAAACCCCAAUGUGACGUCAGUAAAGGAAGUCAAACAAAUCGCAGUGCAAAACAACUACCCCUUACUCGUGGUAACGAACGAUUACCUGAAAGAAGACUUGGCCAAGUUGGUUGGCACAGCCCACGCCUUCGCUUUAGUUAAAACCGAUAAAUCGAUCUUAUCCUACAGCUACGUCAUCGAAGUAGCUCAGUUCUCAGUUGACGGCGAAUCGUACUCCAUCAUCAAGAAGGCCGUGCAUUCGGAACCUACUGUGAUCACAGUUAAAGGCGAUACUUUGAGCCUCAAAGAUUUGACGCGCGGUUCUGUAUCGUGGGUAUCAGAACUCAACGCAGCUGUCGCAACCGCCAAAGCUAAACACCACAGCGUCUACUUGGUGUCUUCGGUAGUUCCAACAGAAGGUUUCACCAACUUCAAACAAGAGUUGAGAUCGCUGCCCAACAUGACACCAUUAAGGAUUCUGUUCGUCCUGGAUAAAAAGCCCUUGGAGUUGAAUGUGGAAGACCCGUUCAUCAAACACAUCUUCAAACAGGAUCUUUGUCUGAGCAUCAUCAAAGACGGCGUAUUGAGUAGUUACAUCUCGAUCCCAAUCAAGUACAAAGAGAACGUUGUUCAACAAAACAUAACCAGCAACAUCAUCAAGAACAAAACCAUCAGCCACAUCGGAAUCAAUCUUAAAGACGAAACCCUGAAUCCUGAACUCUAUAUCCCCAACGAACUAGGUAAUGUUGACUACAGCGGAGUCACGAGUACAGGCCAGAGAGUCAUGGGAUUGGCACAGUUGGAUAAAGAUACGUGUAAACUGAUUACAGACGAUUUGCUCACAUGGGAAGUCCCUGAGAGUUGGAGCCUUGAGGAUGCUUGCACGAUGCCUCACGCAUACGCCAGCGCAUACUACGCUCUGUUCAUCAAAGCCAAACUCAAACCGGGCGAAACGGUUUUAGUCCACGCCGGUUGUUCGCCUAUCGGACUGGCCGCCAUCUCCAUAGCUUCAAGCUACGGUUGCACCAUCUACACCACAGUUUCGACAGAUUGGCAACGAUCAUACGUCAAGAAGCUCUAUGCUUUCCUUAAAGAUAGAAAUGUGUUGAACUGCGAAAACUCCAGCUUCGAACCCUUAUUGCUGAUGGCAACGGGGGGUUUGGGAGCCCACGUCAUCCUCAAUUGUUUGUCGGGAAGCCUUCUUCACUCAUCCGUAUCCUGCAUCGCUGAAUAUGGUAGAUUCAUCCAGAUAGGAAAAUACGAUUUGCACGAAAACAACACCAUUGGCAUGAAUAUUUUCUUGAAGAACACUUCGUUCUAUUCUGUGAACUUGGAGAACAUCUUUAAUGUUCCCCACGAGGUGAAGAUGGAGCUGAAAGGGUUAAUUGAGAACGGUAUUGAUCAGAGAGCUGUAAGGCCGUUGGUGAGGAAGAUUGUUAUCCAUCAAAAUAUUGAAAGUAUCUUGAGCAACCUGAAAAAGAGCAGCAAUGUCGGUAAGGUUCUCAUCAAGAUCAACAACAAAUUGGCUAUGAACAAGUUGAAUGUGGAAAAACCGUCGCAAUUCAUUUGCGACGCUAAGAGCUCUUACUUGGUCUAUGGCGGUAACGCUGAAAUCUGGACCGACUUAACCGAGUGGCUCAUCCUACGUGGUGCACGUAAAAUCGUCGUUUCAUCAGAAUCUAAACCUCAACAGACCCACAUCAACCGCAGACUUUCCUUAUUGCAAUCUUACUACGGCGCAGAAAUAGUGUUUGCUCCUAGUAAGGCGCACACAAGAGCUGGCGCUAUCGAGCUGAUCAGCGAGGUUUACUUCUUAGGCCCGAUACACUGCGUGUUCCUCCUGCCGAACAAAAGCAUCGUGUCGAGAUCCAGCGACUCCAAACCCGUACUCUACAUCGACAACGCCCUAAGAACGACCGCACCCAAAGCCUUGUUCGUGAACUUCAUCUCGUCGGCAGCUGGCGUCUGCCAGUUGAGAUCGGAAGCCAGCUUCGGCACCUACAACAUCCAAUGGCAGAAAGAGCUCGAGUUCAACGACGCCCUAUACAGUUUGGACGACAUCCUCAGCUUCACCGUCAAGAAUAUUUUGAUUAAGAACGAUAAGGUCAGCGAUACUAAGCAGGAGUCGACGCAGACUUUGUUCAAGAAGUUGAGUUUGAUGCUGCCGUCUUCCAUCGAUGAGAUGUACGAGCAACACAAGUUGGCGGCAGUUGAGCCGAAGUUGGUUCAACAAACCACGUUGGGGCCAAGGGAGAUGAGGGAGUUAUCACCUUUGUUUAUAAUACCGGGUUUGACCGGGCAAAAAGAGUUGGAUGAUCUUUGCAGGGAUCUCAUGUAUCCCACGUUCUGUGCUGUACUGCCGAAUAGUCCAAUGUCUAUCAAGGAGUUGGCUUUGAAUCUUGUAGAGAAAAUCCGUAAGGUUUGGCCAACUGGCCCAUACAACUUGGUGGGUAUAUCAUGGGGCGGCGCGUUGGCUUUGGAGAUCGCGAGACUCCUAGAUCAAAACAACGUUAAAAUCUACAUGUUCUUCGUGGACUCGGCCCCGAACGCGCUUCAGUCGGCCUUGAAGCAUCUCGGCGAAGAUCCCAAGGAAAUGGAGGUCAACCUGCUUACCAGAGUACUAAACAUCAACGAUUUGGAGGUAAUUGCCAAGAUCAGAAACUCAGGGGAUUGGGAGACGCGAGUUCAACUAGCGUUCGACAAUUUCGAGGGUAACAUUCCCGACAGACAAACGCUUGAGAGUGGUCUUUUCGACUUGAAGAAGCGCCUUCAAGAUUUGUCAGCGUUCCAGCCGAUCGAAGACGUCGUUUCCGGGGACAUUCAUCUCAUCAGACCUGCUGAUUCCAGCAAAUACGACAACUGCGGAUUAACAUCGUAUUGCAAGCAAACGCCGGAGAUUUUCCUGGUCGGUGGUGAUCAUAUGAGCAUCAUCAAAAGCAAAGAAACUUCCGAGUACAUCAACAGAACGCAUAUGGUUUAAAGGUUGGGUUUACAGUUUUCAAUA